AUGGACUCGCAAUUGCCGCAGGACACGCUCGACAGUUUGCUGCUGCCCGCCACUCCGGAGCUGUCGCAUUCAGCAAUCCCACCCAACACGGCUGCAGCACUCUCCAACCUGCAGGCAGGUCGCGCAGACAACCCGACUCCGCCGCCUUCGACACAGAUCCCGACAUCGUCGAAUCGCACCAAAACCCCCACACCGCCCGUGUCGCACAUCUCUACCCCGCCUCCAACCAUUGAAAAUGCCGUGCAGGGAACACGAUUCACGGAAAGCACAUCUGGCACCAUGAGCCUAGCAGACGUGGAGUCGGCAUCGAACGAGCAGCUGAAGACGAAAGUCAUGGAGCUGCAGGCUGCGGUGCAGGAGGCCAAGAUGUCGGCCGCCCACCACAAGUUGCAGUAUCAGAUGCUGUCGCAGGAAAGUGCCGCCGCUCUUGAGUGCAUGAAGAUGGAAGCGAGCAUGAGUGAGCAGGAGAACCGGAUCAUCCACAAAGCCGAGCAUGCCAGAGCUGCGACGACGCCGGUGCAGACGUUGCAGGAAGGAACCAUCCCGGUGCAUAAAGAGCUAUAUCAGAGAAUGUGUCGCCACAUACAGCUGCUGAGGGAGAGCAACAACUCUUUGACUGCGCAGUUUGAGCAGCAGCAGCAGUAUGUGGAGAGACAGGACGACGAGAUUGCCAGUCUGACGGACAAGGUCGACCUCAUGCGCCAACGCAUCCACGCCCACCGCGAGCAAGCGCAGAAGUACAGACAGCCACAUACCUCACGUCACAUGGAAGGGACACCUCGCUCCGUUUAUAGCACACCGCAGCAUAUCCGAAGUCACGCCGCAACUCAGCGCCAACCACAACCAUUCGCCGCUUUACUUCAGGCUUCAGAAAUGGCCAGCCAAGAGUCGGCACGCACCGCAGCAGGAAGAGGAUCCUCGAGCAAGAAGGGACACACCAGGAACGCCAACAGUAUGUCUAGUCUGCCGUCCACGCCACACCGGUCGCAGAGGGUGCAACAGCCAUUCUAUCAUACUCCAUCUGGGCGUCAUCAGCCACUAAAGGUACCCUCGACUGCAACGAUGCCACGAACUAGUGCUCUGAGGACGCCAGAUGUCUACAGCCAGCAGUCGCUACCUGUACCUCAGCAGCAAGGUCCUCCAUCGGACGGCACUGUCAGUGCUUCGGACAACGAUUAUGACAGUGAAGCCGAGACCGAUAUCAUUGAACAGGACGAUGAGGUUCCGGAAUCGGAAGCAUCUCGUUCGGCAUCGCAAAUGCUACGGACUAGCCAGGAAGAGCAACAAGCGAAGCGGGAAAGCUUCAAGGGAAGUGGGAUGUUGCCACCAAAGACUGACAGUAUGAGGCAGACCAAGUUGUUUGGUCAGGUACGUAAGGCGGGCGUGGACCGAAGUGAUGGUCCGCCAGCCAAAAGAGCGAGGACAAGUGAGGGUGUUGGGCUUGGCAUUGCCGGUGCUGGUGUGAGGGAUUAG